AUGGAAGCUAAAGCCAAUCAGUCUCAGUUUUUCAUAGAAAUGAAGAAGUCAUUCUCAGGGGAGAUGCUGUCCAACUGGGAUAUUGCCAAUCAAACCAUUAACUUUUGCAGCUACAAAGGAGUUGGCUGUAACAGCAAAGGAAACAUUGAGAUUAUUGAUAUCUCUAGAUGGUCGCUCUCAGGUCAGUUCCCCGAAAAUCUUUGCGAAUAUCUUCCGUAUUUGCGAAUUCUUCGCGCGGAUCAUAACGUUUUCAAUUCCAGCUUUCCUGUUGGUAUCACCAAUUGCUCUCUCUUGGAAGAGCUAGACAUAAGCCAUGCUAAACUCAGGGGAGUUUUGCCGGACUUAUCGCCUUUGCGAUCUUUGAAAUUGCUACACUUGAUACAUAACUCUUUCGAGGGAAAGUUUCCCUUGUCACUCACAAAUCUCACAAAUCUUGAGGAGGUGAAUUUCAAUGAAAACACGAGGUUUGAUUUUUGGAAAUUGAAAGAGGAUUUCUCCAAGCUGAAAAAGCUUAAGGUUAUGAUUUUGACGUCCUGUAAUUUAGUUGGGACAAUUCCAGGUUUUAUUGGUAACAUGACAUCCCUGAUUGAUCUAGAAUUGAGUGGGAACUCAUUAACCGGACAGCUUCCACCUGAGUUAGGAAACCUGAAGAAUUUGCAAGGGCUUGAUCUGUAUUAUAAUGAACUUGAAGGUGAAAUACCUGAGGAGUUUGGCAAUAUGACUUCGCUGAUAGGGAUUGAUGCAUCUGUUAACAAAUUAACCAAGCUUCCAGAAUCCCUUUGCCUUCUUUCCAGGCUCGAAUACCUGGAGCUUUAUGACAACCGUUUAACAGGGGAGAUUCCUCAAGUAAUCGGCAAUUCAACAACGUUAACUGAGUUGUCCGUUUAUAAGAAUUUCUUGUCGGGAAAAGUCCCAGAAAAUCUCGGAAGAUUAUCGCCUCUUGUCGGUUUGGAGCUGUCAGAAAAUCAGCUUUCUGGAGAACUUCCAGCUUAUGCCUGCAAUGGAGGUAAAUUACUGUACUUCCUUGUACUUCAAAAUAAGUUUACUGGACAAAUUCCCAAAAGAUAUGCUAAAUGCAAGUCUCUUAUGCGCUUUAGAGUCGAUCACAACCAAUUGGAAGGGAGUAUUCCAGAAGGGCUUUUAGCCCUGCCGCUUGCUUCAAUCAUUGACCUGAGUAAUAACCGCCUGAAUGGUUCAUUUCCCAGAACAAUUGAAAAUGCCACAGAAUUGUCUAACCUGUUUAUGCAGAACAACAGGAUUUCUGGUUUUCUGCCUUCAGAUAUUUCGCGAGCGAUCAAUCUCGAAAAGAUCGAUCUCAGCAAUAAUCUCCUGUCUGGUCCAAUCCCUCCUGAAAUUGGAAACCUUAAACAGCUCAACUUGUUGCUUCUUCAAGGUAACAAGUUUAAUUCUUCCGUACCUCAAUCAAUAUCUUUACUCAAGUCACUCAAUAACCUUGAUCUUUCCAGUAACCUCUUAACAGGGAGCAUCCCAGAAAGUCUCUGUGAACUCUUGCCGAAUUCCAUGAAUUUUUCAAAUAAUAUGCUCUCUGGUUCAAUACCUCGAUCAUUUGUGUUACAAAAUCAGCUAACAAGUUUCUCUUGCAACCCAAACCUAUGUGUUCCCCCCAAUCUGAUUACUUCCAGAGGUGAAUUCUCCACUUGUCCACGAACUCACAACCCAAAAACAUCAAGCCUUGUAUUGUCCAUUGGGUUACCCGCAACAGUUGCUUUUACUGGACUUAUCCUGGUUCUGAAAAUCUGUUUCAAGAAAGAUAAAACAGAAGAGGAGAAUGGCACAUUAUUGUGCUCCUUUUUCUGGGAUGAUGUUCAAAGUUUCCAUCAUCGCGAGAUCAUUCAGUCAAUGAUUGAGAGGAACAUCGUCGGCAAAGGAGGUUUUGGGACAGUAUAUAAGACAAGGAGCUGA